CCCCCGGCGUCCAAUUCUACGGUGCUUAUCCCAAUCAAGUCCAAACGUAGCAAGCGCCGCCGCACAAAGGCCGCGCUUUGGUCCCGUGAACCCUAUUUUGACUCCAUUCCGAAGAAGCAGGGGAGGAAGCAGAGGAAUCUCUUCGCCGGUAAUCAUGGCGGCGGCGAGAGGCAGUGCACGCACUGCGGCGUAAGGAGAACGCCGCAGUGGCGAGCGGGACCGUGCGGCCCUAAAACGCUGUGUAAUGCUUGUGGAGUCCGGUUCAAAUCAGGCCGGCUGCUGCCGGAGUAUCGGCCGGCGUGUAGCCCGACGUUUAUCAGUAAAGUUCAUUCAAAUAGUCAUAGGGAAGUGCUGGAGAUGCGCCGGAGGAAGUAUGAGCAGAGCUGACCGCACCUUGUCUGAAUUGAAUUAAAAGCUGAUUUUUUUUUUUUCUGGAGGUAUAAAUUGAAUUUAUAAGAGGCGAGAAUUUUAGGG